AGUCCGAGUCGACACCUUUGGUCGCGCCUGCAUAUUUGUGUAUGUUUGUCUGUUAUUUGUUCGCCAUUUGGACCUUUCACUUUCCUGCAGCAAUACCAGUUCUUGCGUCGAAUCGGGCCUCGAUUUGGCUCCUAGUAUCAUUCUUUCUGCUAGUUUUGGCGACUGGUGCACGUGGAGAACAUUCCAGUGCGUCGAUCCGCGGUCUUUUAUGCCUUGGGUUUUGGUUCCAGCACAAGUUUGAUGACACACACACCCAGUCUUCCAAACCCAUCAACGUUCGUCGUCUAUAGGAAAGUCUGCGACAUCAAAUGUCUCUAACACUUGAACGGGUGUGGUACUUGGAAUGAUGAGCUACGUCGAGGUGUAGGGACUAUGAGUUUCCUCCUAUGUCGCAGAGGUGCGCAUGUACUGGGCAUUUUUAUUAUACAUUGCAGCCUAUCAAAUUCUCUCGCAUCUCAUUAAACACCCAAGAUGAGGCUGAUCGCCCUCCUUUUGUGCAAAUUUGGCCGUAACCAGGGUGUCAUAUACAUUCGGAUAUAUGACCUAGUGACCCAACCCAAGUCACCCA